GGCAAACCAAUCCUGCGUUCUUGCGCAAAAACACUGACCUCGAAUUUCCAUGCAAAUCAUUGCCGAUCUUCAGCAUUGUUGUCCUCCAGCCAAAACAACGACGCAACAAGCACGACCAGCCAGCCAGCCAGCAUCAUGCGCCUGCUCCAAGAGGAGAUUGUCCAAGAGGGCGGUCAGGUCGCUUGCUUCGAUCCGUCCGAGUUCCGCCCGGAAGGCAAGGAAGUCAAGGAUUUCCGCGACUUUGAGCACACGCCGCGCUUUGCCAUUGUGCGCGAAAACUACCGCAAGAUGUAUGAGAACCAGACCUUGGAAUAUGCCAAGACACAGAAGGCGCUCUGGUGCAAGUUCGACCAUGCUGAGAUGAACGUGAUGGACGCACUGACGGAGCUCAACAAGCUUGUCGACGACAGCGACCCGGAUGUGGAUGUGCCCAACAUCAUGCACGCCUUCCAGACGGCCGAGCGCAUCCGCGAAAAGCAUCCAGACAAAGACUGGUUCCACCUGACCGGCCUGAUUCACGACCUGGGCAAGGUGAUGGCCCUGUGGGGGCAGCCCCAGUGGUCCACCGUCGGCGACACAUUUCCGCUCGGCUGCAAGUUCUCAGACACUAUUGUCUUCCCCGAUCUCCUCGACCUCAACCCAGACACACAAGUGAAGGAGUACAGCACUGAUGCUGGCAUUUAUGAGCCGGGCUGUGGGCUGCGCAACAUCACGAUGGCGUGGGGCCACGACGAAUACCUCUACCAGGUGCUGCUGCACAACAAGUGCACGCUGCCGAUUGAGGCGCUGUACAUGAUCCGGUUCCACUCGUUCUACCCGUGGCACACAAAGGAGGCGUAUGGGCAUUUGCUCGACGAUACGGACCGCGACAUGCUGAAAUGGGUUCGCGAGUUCAAGUGA